AUGACGUCUGCUGGGAUUCCCUUGACGUUUCAAGGAUAUCAUUUUGCCGAGUCAGGGCCCUUCGCUCCCCCUCUUUCUUCUCUCCCCAUGACUAAGAGACUCAGCAAGGGAGGGACGAGAUGA